UGUUGUCCUAUGUAUGAUUAAUUAGUAUCGGUCAGUCGUAUCUAAAUCAUGUGUCGACAUUUAAAUUGUGUAUAUUAUAUAUUUUUACUGUACAUUGCUUCAGCAUGGACAGAUGGCGGAUUCCGUUUUGACUACUACUACGUGAAGGAGCUAGAAGGAUGGCUGAAGCCUCAUUUGAUGCCGGCGACAUUCAAAGACGCAUUCCUACGCUGUAACCUAGAAGGUGCAGUUUUGGCAUCGCCGCUGGAUAGAAAUCUCCACAAAGCCAUGGAAGGGAUACAAGCGGCGUCAGGAGUGGCUUGCGGCAUCUUCACAGGAAUCCACGCCACAUUUUCCAAAGGGGACUUCACAUCUAUCGAAGGGGUCCCGUUGGAAAAGAUCCCACUGGAGUGGGCCUUGGACGAACCUGACAACUUCAAGAACCAGGAAGACUGCAUCAUCAUGCUGCCCAACGGGACGGUGGCGGACGUGCGAUGUGACGAGACGUUCCCUUACGUGUGCUACAGGAAGAAAGUCAACAGCCCCGUGAUCACAGCUUGUGGCACUGUUGAUCCUGAGUACAAACUAGAGAGUAGCACUGGUAGCUGCUACAAGUUCCACGGCACCGGGAGGACCUGGAGGAACGCGCAGAGGACCUGCCUCGCCCAGGGGGGAUAUCUAGCCAUCCCCAACAGUGCACAAGAAGCGACGGUCCUGAAAAACAUCUUCGCUGGACAUCCAGCUAACACUAUAAAGUCCGAGUUUAAGGACGUAGUUGCACUAGGUUUUUUGGAUUGGGAUCAAAAGCGCACUUGGUACACAGUGCAUGGCCAGACUAUUGAAGAGGCGGGUUACGCGAGCUGGGCGGGCGGGCAGCCCGACAACAGCCGCGCGCAUGACAACGGCUCCUACUGCGGCGCCAUGUUCCGCACCGGCCUGCUCGACGACAUCUGGUGCGAGUCCGUCCCUUUCGCUUUCAUAUGCGAGAAGGCCCCCGACAGUCUAGUGGCUGACGAUGAGAAGCAAUUUUCUCUUGGCACAAUCGGAACAAAGUAAAUGGUACCCAUAUGUUACAAAAAAUAAU